UCGGAAUCUUUGUUACAAAAUCAAUCCGGUCAGGGAAUAGCGCUAGAAAGACAGAUGCAAAUAUGGACUUUUGAGCGAGACAAACGGGAUAAGGAAUUAAAAAAAUUAGAGACUGAUUAUGAAAUGCUAAAAAAACAAAAUUGUGAAUUGCAG